CUCUUUCAGGCCGGAGAAAGCGGGCAGUCGAUGUGGACAGAUUGAAGACAUGGGCCGGGGCUAAAUAGGAAGGAUUUACUGGCAUGUACCGAGCAACUCCUCGGGGCUGGCACCAGGAUCUGUUAAGAAAGCCAGGGGGACAAUACGUAUUCACUGUUGGGGAGGAUAACUCGUGUUCUGAUACCGGAACUGACUUCUGCAAUGGCCCACUUCCUUCUAGAGAAGACUUUCAAGUACUCCUUAUCGUGUGCAACGGCGCUGGCUGUGUGGAUUACUUAAACGAUGAUUCUGUCUUUGGAACAACACCUAACAGUAACGUGGAUGAUGACGAUGACAAUGUUGUUGUUAUUGUUUUGGCUGUCAUCUGCUCUGUGUUGGUUGUUGGGAUCAUUUUGGGUGUCAUUUUCUUUGUUUGCCGACGUAGAAGGCAGAAGCAUCACAGGGAAACAGGACCUGUGCAGCCUGACACCCUUGAGGAGACAGAGAUGAUCAAAACACGAAGACCUAUCCAGAUUCGAACGUUCAGACGAACUCUGUUACAGCUCCACGGAGAUUCAAACUUGCUGUUCCGGGCUGAGUUUGAGGACCUACAGAAGCUCAGCGCUAGACUUCCCCACGGGAACAAACCUGUGGAUGAACUGCCCUGCGCCAACGUUGGCGGGAAACUGCCCAGGGACAAUGAGACAAUGGACGUGUUUAAGGCCAACUACAUACAGGGCUACAACUCUGUGCGGGAAUACAUCGCUGCCCAGGACCCCAUGCCUUCUAUUGUGCCAGACUUCUGGAGGAUGGUGUGGGAACAAAAGUGUAAGGUUAUCGUCAUGCUCUCAGACCAAAUGAAAGGUUGGAAGGGAAAAGGGGGAUCGUACUGGCCUGAGACCCUCGGCGAAUCUGUUGAGUAUGGAGGUGUUGGGGUGAAGAUGAUUCAUUUCUCUAUGUUCAACAAAUACAUCAUACGUAAAUUCCAGAUCUCCAUGGGUUCAGACACACGCCAGCUGACCCACUUUACCCUGCAAGGCUGGACUGACGCCAAGGCCGACUUGACAAUAGAUGAUGUGGUAGGCUUCGUCCAAAUUGUGCGACAGGAAGCCACGCUUACGAAUUUUUGGCCAUUUGUCGUCCAUUGCAGCGCUGGUGUGGGUCACACUGGUACUUUUAUCGCCCUGGACUAUUUGACCCAGUACGUGGACAAGCACAGUCUAGAUGAGAACAUCGACGUGUUCAGCUACGUCAUGAAGAUGAGGGAGAACUGUCCCGGUAUGGUGCAGACGGAGACUCAGUACAUUUUCAUCUUUGAUGCACUGAUGGAAGGGAUACAGAAAAAGAUAACUGAGCAACAGGAGAAGGUCUAUGACUAUAUUGAAGAGAGUGAAGAGGACAUUAACGAGACCCCUCCCCGGGAGGAAGACCCAGAUUAUUAUUUAACCAUAAUCUGAGUAUCAAAAUGUGGAAGUGAUCAAUGACCAAAAAGAAACUCCAAUGACUGUCCGGUAAAGAUCUCAACGCACCGAACGACCUGCUCUCUCCACUCAACUGCUCAACUUCGCCGCAAGCCUUUCCUGUUGGUCCACAGCCCUGUCCUGUUGGAAGAAACUGUGACCUUUUUUUCUGCAGCAAACCAUCUUUAGUGCCUUAUGCAUAAUACAUUUGCCUUAAAUAUCUUUAUCGUCUUCUUCCACUUUGUCGUCGGUUUUCAGCACAGUCAAGUUGGGCGCUCCGUUAGCUCAGUUGGUAUAAUGCUGGGCUAUGGAGUGUGCUGCCCUGGUUCAAAUCCUAGGCUGAGUGAGCACUCUUGGACAUUGAUCAUUUUGUGGAGAUUUUCAGGCUCUCAACCCAUUUGGCUCGGUCCUAUCGAAGACGGACGUGAAAUUCAGAGGCCACGCCUCUUAAAUAACCCAUACACUUUCACACACGCACACACA